CUAUACGUAACAUGCCCCUCCCCCUCUACGUUCUCCUCUUUCCCUUAGCUCUCCCAGCUGUCAGGGUGCAGACGCCGGUGCCGGUGCCGCCUUUUCACCCGGAGAUCGCCAUGGCGGCGGAUUGCCAUUUCAGGACACCUCGGGGCUAUAAUGGUGCGGCCUGAUGAGUGCUGACGAGGACUCCCCAUCCUCCCCGGGGCUCCGGGCCCUGCUAGGCCGCCUUCUGCACGGCCUGCUUCCCUAUCGUCUGUUCCAGCUGGUGGGAGCUGCUCUAUCCUACCUAGUCAGGCCCUUGGGUCCCUUGCUGCUUUCCCUGCUGCCCUCCGGGUGGGUAGUGCACCGGUCAGUGCGGUCCAGUGAGCUACCCGAGGUGCUGGAAGCGCUGGGACUGCGGCCCGGGUCCUGGGACGAGCUGGGAGGAUGCCUGGACGAGUUGGGUCCCUGGAAGGAACUACACACCCCUGCCAUGGAAGCAGCAGAGCUGGAGCUACUGAGGUCACUGAAAGGGUUAGUGUCCCCCAGCCAGCAGCAGGAUUCCUGGGACUCCACAUUAGAGGGACUGGACUCCUGGCACAGGGCUAUGGUCCACAGCAACAUGCAGCUUCUCUGGGAGCAAGGACUGGGAUCCUGGGAAGAGUUUGAAGACCCUGCUCAAGAAGAGGAUGAGUGCCAUAAAAAUACCUGUGCCAGUCACACUUUUUCCUUUAAUGGCAGUAAGCAUGAUGGUGAGAGUGGAGCUGAUGAGGUGUCCGAGCAGAAGACUAUGUCCCAGCUCCACCACUCUUACCUGGACAUGGUGUCCUGCAUUUUGAGAACCGGGUCAGGUGGUGGUGUAUUCACAUGGGUUAAUCAAGAGAAUGAACAUAGUUUGCAGGCUAAGGAUGUCCAAAGGGAGCCCGAGAUUGAGCAUAUUCGCAGCAAGAGGCUCUGGUUCCUGCAGCAGAACCAGGGCCAGGAUGCUUUGAACACCGACCUCGAGCAAGGCAAAGAAGUUGGGGGAUUUAAACAGAAUGAAGAAUGUGUCAGUACUCCACAUGACACUGACCAGUUUGUUUUGCCUACCCCUAAGUUAGAUGUGCCAAUGCCUGAAUUGCCUGAAAUCGGGCUCCAGGAAAUGCCUCCCCAAAGCAAACUAAUGUCAGAUUUUGAUCUGAGCCAGAGGGAAGUUCUGGAGCUUCCAGGAAUUGAGCAGGAGUGCAGUCCAUGUGACCCACUAUCUAUUCUGGUGCAUAAAACAGAUCAUUCUGGUAAAUAUGUACCCAGCCCAGAUCAGGACCAAGGAUACCAUAGUCUGGAGGAUUGGCAUAGCUUGAAUAUCACACAAAAUCUUAAAACAGAGGGUGUUGUAACACCUGAAAUCUGUCAGCUAGGACAUCAUAAUGUUUUAUAUGAUAUGCUUACAGAACUUCCUUGCUCAGUUACAAGUUUAAAUGAUAACCAGGACAGUGAUGACAUGAGCUCUGACCUGGAAGAAGACCUGCCUGUUCCUUCUGUUCCUAUUUGCCUAAAUAAACACAUUGGUUAUAUUUUGGGAACAAUUCUAAGUAAUGAUGAGGAGGAUGACUUGCAUUCCUCAUCAGAGGAUGGCGAUUGGGGUGAAGAUGAUGGUUUUGACAGUGAAGGAUCAGUACCCACCACAGACAGUGACACCCCUGUCCUAGAAGAAGCUAUACUCUGGAAGUCCUUUUGUAACCCUGAUCCUUACAACCCUCAGAACUUCACUGCUAGUUUACAAACAGGAGUUGUUGCCGAGGAGAAUUCCCAUUCUGUGGAUGGACCGGAACAUGUUCUGUCUGAUGAUGAAGAAUCAUGGUGUGACAGUGAUGCUGUGUCAGGCAGUGACAGUGAGGAUGAAUGUAGUGCCGAUGAAGAGGAAAACCUGAGACUUUGGAAUGCUUUUUUAAAGUCUGAUGAUCCCUACAAUCCCCUGUAUUUUAAAGCCUCUGUGCACACUUCUGAGAUAAAAAGACAGAGCAGUGACACUGCAGGCAAACAUGCAGAGCUUACUUGUACAACCCUCCCAAACUGCGAAUUAACUUUAAUAACUAGUCUCCCCGCUGAGCCUAAGACUUUUCACUUAAAAGAAACACAUAAUGUUCCUGUAGAGAAAAGUGCCAAUCGUGGACAUAAAAAGGUGACCUUCCAUGAUAAAGUCACUGUAUAUUAUGUGUGCAAUGAAGAGGAACGCAAAGGUCACUGGGAGGAAUUUGCACGGGACCGCUGCCGAUUUCAAAGGCGCAUUCAGGAAACAGAAUCUUUAAUUGGACACUGCUUGAACCCUGAUCACAGGCAAAUGAUAUGGAUCAGAAUGCAAGACAAAUGGGACAGCUAGCCCCUACCCAUGUUCACCAUCAGACUCUUUGCAGAAGCUUUUAUUUUUCAUAGUUACAAAAUUUUACAGUAUCUUUAAUUCUCCAUGCAAGGAAGGUACACUCAGAAACAGAUUGUUAUCACUACCCCAGCUUCUAAUUUGUUAAGGUGUUUAAACGCAUUGAUUACCCCCCCCCCCCCCCCCCCCCCAGCCAAACUUGUAUCGCGUUCUCUUCAAGCAUGAUAAAGCAUUGACACUUGACUGCUGUAUAGUUGUUUCUGUCAUGCUAAAAUGUUUCCCGGUAAAGCAGACAGAUUACCUAUUUAAGUGCAGUUUGUACUUGCAACCUAGACGUGGAAAUGACUUUAAAAUAUUACACACAGAAAAACAAAUCUUACAUUCAUAUACAUUGGACUAAUUCUAACAAUCAUAACUCUUAGAUCAAGGUUUUUGUAAAGCAACCCUCUGCUUUUGUUUAAAAGUUUGGCCAAAUAUUUUUUUUUUCUGUUUGAUUCUAAUAUUUCAACCUAUUUUUUAAUCAAAUUUGACUGAAAUGCUUUAGCAAUGAACUCUUCUUGGCCGUGGAUUUCUAUAAACUGUAUAGCUUGCACUUUAUUUGGGGCUUUCAUUGCUUAUUACAAACGCACAACUUGCAGUCUCCCUUUAAUAAAUAGUCAGAUGCUGCCAUGCGUUCUAUGGUUCGUAUAGGUUGGUUCGUAUAGGUUCCAAAUAUUUAUUCUGGUUCAGUAUUUGACCACAUUUUGUGAGUUGGGAGACGUUACUUUAGGAAACGCAGAGGUUGUCAAUAUUUUUAUAUAUUUUAUAUUUUCGUCUACUGUGCAUAAAAAGUUCCUGUUAUGCAAAUGAAUUCAGUGAGUGGUGUGUACAAACUUGAACAUGGAUGGAAAACAAACCUGUUUUUUAUUGUUUGCAAUGCAAAUAUCUGUGUAGGAAAGGCGUCUAAGCAACAAAGCAUGGAGCCAUACAAAAGAGACAGCGAUUAUGUUAGUCUCAUCGCCAUUUUUUUCUUCUUUUUUUACAUUUAAAUCCCCAAAUCUUAAGCGUAGUUGUAAUACUGCAACAUUCUAGUCUUAUAACCUGUACAUGGGGUGAUUGAGACCUGAUCAUUGCUGUGUGUUUUCACACAGCAGGCAACCAGCAAUAGACUGCGCCUGCACUGCAAUGCGCAUGGGCCAACAACGGGCUUCGCCGGUCAGCGUCAGGGUGGUGCGAAAAUGUAAUUCGCAUGGGCGUUCACAAUGUGAUUGACAGGAAGAGGCUGUUUGUUGGAUGGUAACUGACCGUUUACUGGGAGUGUCAGGGAAAACGCAAGUGUUUUUAGGGAGGGUGUCUGACGUCAGCCCCGGGCCCCAAUCAGCCUGUUCUCAUCGCACUGUAGGAGUAAGUCCGGGGCUGCGGAGAGACUGCACACACUGGAUUUUUGCACCUCGGAGUACACAUGUGUUUGCACUGCGAAUUUAUGCUCCCCUUUGUGUGGUGCCUAUCUGAAUGCAGGACAGCAAAGUUAGCAGCCAGCGAGCAGGUCUGACUCACCCCCAUGGUUUGUGUAUUUGCUGAGUUAUUCAUGCUGGUAUUUAUACUCUUAUCAAGUUGCUUUUGUAGUGGCUGGAGGAUUAUGCCAGUAGUGGUAUCAGAGUUACACCCCUCUUACUAUGCCAUCUGUGAUUAAAAAGAGACUGCACAAUGUACCCUCGGCCAAGGGAUGUUAGUGCAGCAUAUCAGGUAAAAAUAUAUGGAUUCAGAUGAGGCAGUUCAAUAAUCAGCGAUGGGUUUAAUGUUCCUGUGUUCCGACUGUUUCUGUAGGCAGGGCAGGCACACAUCACCGCUACUUGAAUUGCCCCGAAAGUGUGCAAUGUUAUCAGGAUCCUUAAAGUUGGGAAAAUAAAGGGUUGGCCUACAAAUACAUUUCAGGAGCCAUAAAAAAUUUCAACCAUCUGCUCUUGCCCAAUUGGCCUGGGAUAUACAUCCAUGCAUUUAUUAUAACUGAUGAGGGAACAAGUGAAUUUUAAUGUGUGAUUUGACUUACCCAUAUUUUUUUUUUCUUUCUUGAUAUUUGAUAGCUGCUACUUACAAUAUUUUAUUGGUCUUCUCAUGUUAUGUGCUCCUGUUCCUUACAAGCUGUUUUGCUAUCAGUUAAGUCACAAUUGCAGCCACUAGACAUGAUGGACAGUUAUCAAGCACAAAUUGUGAACUUCUAAUAUGCAUCAUUUCAACUCCAUUCAUUUGGCUUGUCUUGUGUCUUUCUCAAACAUUGAGAAACAUAAAUGGACAAUUUGCAGUUACACAUGAUAAACACACCAACACCCAAAACUGUACAUAGCCAAGUAUUCCUCAGUGUUUCUGAUGAGAGUAGACUGGAGUUGUAUGUUAGUCUACAAGCUCUUUGGUCUCUCUCAUGUUAGCAUUCUGUAAUCCUGGAGGCUACAAUACCAAGUCCUAGAACAGAUGCUUUCAAUUAUCAAAUGAUGCACACUGAGCAAUGGGUGUGUCUGUACUUCUGGGGCAAGCUCAUAAGUCGAAGGCAUUAGUGACGCAUUUCAGUUUAAAAUAAAGUAUAACUUUUAAUUUUUGAUCCUCUGCUCCAUAAAUAUGAAAUAAUUCUGAACUAGUUCAAGUUCUUCAUUGUCUUUCCCUCAUUGUUUCCUGUCAUUGGUUAUAAACCCUUCCCUCAAAGGUACAGGUCAAAAUAUUCAAAUUAUUUUUAUAUUUACUAACGUAAUAAUGAGCAAACCACAUGAGUGACUAUGUAUUUAAUUUAAAAAAAGGGUCUUUGUAUAAAAUUCUAAAUAAUUCAAACUAAUAUGUUAAUUUUAAUAAAUAUCUGCAAGAGUCCAAAAA